ACAAACCUCGCCUGAGCUUGUGGGCAGAGCCGGGAGCAGGGAAAGCUGGGAACAGAGAGGCAGCACACGCCGGCUGAGUCACCCCGAGCGUAUAAAAUCAAGGCCGAGCAGUCGGAGCCGCUCCGAGCGCAGGCACGAGGCACCGGCACUUUUGGACAGGAAACAGAUCUUGCAAACUACGAGCACCUCUGAGAAGGAUGUUGUCACCCUUGCUCAUCCUCCCUCUGCUGCUGGGGACCACAGCACAUGGCCCGGUGAGCAGAGCAGCAUCCAGGGAUGUCACCACCUUUUUCCAGCUGGCUCAGGAGGACUCUUGGGAGAAUGUUAAUCUCACCAGCAUGUCCUGUGAGGAUCAGAGGAACAGGACCUGGAUCACCCUGCAGCUGACCAACAGCAGCCUGACAGCUUUCCCAGUCUGCCUCCCGGAGGCCCUGCAGACCCUGGAUCUCAGCAACAACCUCUUGGAAGAGGUGAAUGGCACAGAGAUAGCGAACCUCCCACAGCUGCGUGUGCUCUCGCUGAGGCACAACCACCUCUGGUCAGUGAGGUGGGGAUCUGCAGCCCUCAGCAGUCUCCUCAAGCUGGACCUGAGCUUUAAUAAGCUGUCAUCUGUGCCAUCCUGCCACGGCUCUGCCCUGCCUAACCUCAGGUGGCUGUCCUUGGCUGGAAAUCCCCUGAUUGAAAUCCAGCCCCUGGCUUUUUCCUGCUACCCUCAGCUGCAUGUCCUGAACCUCUCUGCAACGCUGCUCGGGCAGGAUGACAGCAGAGGAAUUAGGGACUCUGCUUUUGCCAUCAGCACAGAUCCCAACGAGGCCAUGGACAGGCCUGGAAGCUCCAUCAAUGUGCUUGAUCUGAGCGGGACCUUUUUUGAGAAAAUUCAACCAGAGUGGGCCAGAGAUUUGGCCAACCUCAGUUCACUUCACCUGACAAACAUGCCACGGUUAAGAAGCCUCGACAGCAACUUUUUCAAGUCUCUGCCUGGUCUCCAAGAGCUGCACUGUCAGGACUCACAUUCCCUGGGGUUUGUGCAGACAGAGAUGUUUGACAGUGCUCCUCAUCUGAGCCAUCUCUCAUUUGAGAACUGUAACCUGAGUUCCUUUAAUCCUUGGAACACCAGUUCAUCGCAUGGCAUCACCAUCAGCUUGUACGGGAAUCCUCUGCUGUGCAGCUGCCAGCUCUCCUGGCUGCUGUCCAAGCCCGAGAAAGUCGUUCUGCAAAAGGCUUGGGAGACUUUUUGCACAACCCAGGAAGAUCCAGGCAGACCUUCGACAUCUUUUUCACUGCUGGAGCUCUAUGAUAAAUGCCAGUCAGAGAGCAACAUUACACAGCCAGACUCAAACACAGCCCUUCCCGAUCGUGGUGCUUUCAACUUCACCAGUGACGAUGCCUCUGCUGUAGCAACAGACUCAGCUCUGCUGACCACAGAUGUGACUCACACCAGCUCCCUAAUCCAGAGGGAUGCAAGGAGCACUGCAUCAUCCAAGCCAACGCUAACCAAAGACACCUAUACCAGCUCCCUAAUCCAGAGGGAUGUGAUGAGCACGGCAACAUCCAACUCAAUGCUAACCAAAGACACCUAUACCAGCUCCCUGAUCCACAGGGAUGUGAUGAGCACAGCAACAUCCAACUCAAUGCCAACUAAAGAAACCUAUACCAGCUCCCUAAUCCACAGGGAUGUGAUGAGCACAGCAACAUCCAACUCAAUGCUAACCAAAGACACCUAUACCAGCUCCCUAAUCCAGAGGGAUGCAAGGAGCACAGCAACAUCCAACUCAAUGCUAACCAAAGACACCUAUACCAGCUCCCUGAUCCACAGGGAUGCAAGGAGCACAGCAACAUCCAACUCAAUGCUAACCAAAGACACCUAUACCAGCUCCCUGAUCCACAGGGAUGCAAGGAGCACGGCAGCAUCCAACCCAACGGAGCCCAUCCUAACAAAUGCCAACAGUUCCUCCCAUGAGAAAGAGGCAGUUACUGAAUCCACAAGCAGUCCCCCUUCCUUGGCAUCUGUAACCUCCUUCCCAGUUUUUCUCCAAGAGCUCUUUGCUCAGUCCCCAGACCACAGCUCCACAAGUCCAACUGGAACAGAACAGCUACAGAGAGGGCUCAGAACAACCAGCACAACUUUGCCCCGGGAAGGGCCAUUAAACCAGACCACCAGUGAUUAUUCCACCAGAGGAACAGGAGUCCCCCACACCACCAACCACCACACUCACUCCGUUGCCACCCAUGCCAGGGAAGGUGCCCCCAAAACGAGCCCCCCCCAGCUGGGCUCCACAAGGAGCAGUGCCCACUCAGAGCCUGCGCCCAGCACACCAUCACCACACUACACGGAUGACUACGACUACGAAGAACACCCGAAGGAGGGAGCCCCGGUGCAAACGGCCCAGGUCGCCUGUGACUACAAUCCCUGCAGGCACCUGCAGAAGCCGUGCAGGGAACUCCAGAACAUAUCCCAGUGUUCAUGCCCUGGCACAUCGAGGGAAGAUGAGAUUCCAGACCCACCCAGGCUCAGAGAGGUGAUUGAAAUCACUGACAGCUCUGCACAGAUACGCUGGUGUGCCCCAUACUCAGUUGUUCACAGCUAUGAGCUGAUGCUUCGUGCCCAAGACAACGAGGACAGGCAGUUUGUCAUGGACAACAUCUACCCCACGGCCAGGCAGUACACUCUGUACAACCUGCUGCCAUUCACCACUUACCAUAUCUGUGUGACUGCCUCCAACAAAGCAGGGUCAAGCCAGACAACAGGCCAGGAAAUUCCAGGUAAUUCGUGCACCAGCUUUACAACAAAGCCCAGCUACAAGUAUGUUUUUGCUGGUCUGUCUGCAGCAAGUGGACUCUUUCUCAUUACCACAAUUGUUUUGUCUGUAUGUCUGUGUAAGGCAUGUAAAAAGCCUCAGAGUGAGCAGUAUGGCACACACUUAGUCUCCUACAAGAACCCGGCAUUUGAUUAUCCCUUAAAACUACAAACCACUAAUUAGCUCUGGGUGAUUGUUCGACGCAUUCAAAGUUCACUAUCUCCAUCACCUUGGUGUGUUUUUGUGACACUCUGAAAGUGUCCUUCAGCAAAACUAUGAACCAUCAGAUUCCAUAACCCUGACGUUUCUAAGGGAGAGAAAACCACAAAAAAAAAGGAGAAAAACUAAUAAUGAAGGUAGUCAACCAGAAAAAGUCUUUGGACUCCUGUUCCUGUGCUAAGCAGCAGCAAGCCUGGACACUAACCUUGAAAAGCUGUUUUUGUAAUCACCUACAAAUAGAGUAGCAUAAAUUUCACACAGUGAGAGGCUGCCUGGCCAGCUGUCUGCCUCCAGUACCUCCCAUGAUCACAGUCAGAUGAGAGCUGCAAUCCAAGGUGCAUUAAGCUUAGCAAGAUGUACUCUGCUUUUAUUCACAGAGCAAAGCUGGGGGUUCCAUUUUUUAAAGGUAUUAUCCAUAGAGUACAGCUGAAAGGAGUGAGUGGGCUCAGUGACAAGGUGCUGUGCAGAUCUAACUCCUCUAAGUAAAUGCAGUGGAUGCAGAUGAUCAACCUAACUUCAGUUCAGGGAAAAGAAACAUGAAAUUUAAUUAUAGUCACAGAUUGUGCAGGAUCCUUAGGGCAGGGGUAAUUGUUUGUUCUGACUUUUUAUGAGGCUGUCCACAAGUGAGCCUCCCAAGUGCUUCCCCAAAACAAGCUCACAGGCAGUGGGGGGUUGCAGUGCAGCAGUGACACACAGAAGCGGGAGGGGAGCACGUUAACAUUUGAUUCCCAGUGGAUUUUAAGCAGAGAGGAUGUUCUGUCCCAUCUACAGAUUUAGCAGCUGAUGAUUUACCUCAUACAGAGGCAAAAAGCCAAGUAAUGAAGCAAUUUAAUGCAUGUGCUGCUGAGGCCUGAAAAACCCAAAUCCCCUGCACUAGCAGACAGUUCCGCAGACACCUUUCAAGUGAACUCUUGGGUGCCAAUUUCUGUACAAUAAUAGUAAGAAAUGCUGACAAUCCCAACUUUGAGCUUGCCAUUGGAAUCCAAAGAGGUGUCCCAAUGUGAUGUUUCCCCAUAGGCUUCAGUUCCAGGAGCUGCCUGUUCCUGCUGCAGUACAGACACAGUGCAUAAAACCCCCUGAACUCUGAGGGGAAGGUGCUGUAGUGUGUGAAAGAGUCUCUGUUCCAUUCUCUAGGGGUUUUUAAUGCUUUCAGUAUUACUGAAAUAAAAGCCACAGAGCUACAUUCUGGUUUUUUAUUAAAGA